GUUAGUGCCAUCUGUAAACAUUAAGUUGCUGGUACCUGUCAACACUGGUCCUGGCAGCGUCAUUAAUCAGUAAUAUUGACCUACUAAGUGAUUAUCCAGUUUCAGGUAUUGAGGCAUGAGAUGUUAUGGAGCCCCUUGGAGUUAAUCCUCAUAUAGUGGAUGUGUGGUCCCUGCCAACAUGGGCAGCAUUGGAGCCCGGCACUCCUCCUAUGCUCCCACCGCAGCCUACAUCUAACCACAACAUUCCUCCUUUCCGAGUUAACAAAACUCUAAAUAACAAAAUUUGCCUAUGGGCUGGUGAUAUAACCUGUUUGAAUGCAGAAGGUAUUGUUCACAGCACAAAUGAAACUCUUAAUGAGCGAAAUGGAUACAGUGAAAGGCUGCUAUAUAAAGCAGGAUCUGAAUUAAAGAAUGAGCUUUAUAACACCAUAAAAACUUGCAGGACGGGUGAGGUUUGUGUAACUGAUGGUUACAAAUUAUCUGCCCGCUAUGUCAUUCAUACAGUUGGUCCACGCUACAAUAUCAAAUACCAGACUGCUGCUGAGAGUGCCCUAUACAACUGCUACAGACGAACUUUGGAAUGUGCAGUGGAGAAAAAGAUGCGAUCUUUGGCUUUUUGUGUGAUCAACUCGGUGAGAAGAGGGUUUCCCCCAGACCAAGGAGCUCACAUUGCUCUACGCACUGUGAGGCGAUUCUUGGAACAUUGGGGGCAAAACCUGGAACGAAUCCUCUUUGUUGCUGACAGCAUAGAUGUUAGUAUUUAUGAGAUUUUGAUGCCACUUUACUUUCCAAGGUCAUCACAAGAAGAAGACAGUAGUUGUUAUCUCCUACCUGUGGAUCUUGGAGAUGAAUAUGGGGAACCUGUUAUUCCUGGCCGCCAGAUUCGCAUCAUUGAUAAUCCCCAGCACACAUAUCAAGAUGUGGAGGAUUCUACAGACUUAGCCUCACAGUUCCAGUCAUCAGUGAGUAUUGGAGAGCAUUCCUUCUCCCAGAUGGAGGAAGACAUUGACAAGCAGCGACUUUUAGGAGGUCAGCCAUCAUAUGCCACGGCUGACCCGGAAAUAGCCUCCAUGACCUCUGACCUCCAGCACAAGCAGAGGUGUUCUAGCGGCAGUCAGCCAGUGAUGGAAAACGCCUUGCAACACACCACACCAACAGGUGAUGGGUAUGAGCGUUUGUUACGCCGUGCUAAAAAUGAGGAUCUGAGUGAGGUUUCUGGGAUUGGCUGUCUCUACCAGUGUGGUGUUGACAAAUUUGGUCGACCUGUGAUAAUCUUCAUUGGCAAAUGGUUUAAAUUCAAUGAAAUAAAUUUAGAUAAGGCUCUUUUGUACCUCAUCUAUUUACUGGAUCCACUGGUCAAAGGAGAUUAUGUUGUGCUCUACUUCCAUACCAUCACUGGAACAGAGAACCAUCCCUCUCUCUCCUGGAUCAGACAAAUUUAUGAAGCUCUCGAAUACAAAUACAAGAAGAAUUUAAAGGCUUUCUACAUCGUGCACCCCACCUUGUGGACGAAGAUAAUGACGUGGUGGUUCACAACUUUCAUGGCACCACAGAUCAAGCAUAAGGUUCACUCUGUACCAGGUGUGGAGUACUUGUAUGAUAUUAUUGACCCAGACCAACUGGAAAUACCAGCUUAUAUUACUGAGCAUGACAUGACAGUAAGUUGCUCAAGUUUCUAGCUUAUGCAUUUCUCAUUAGAAUAUAUCUGCUUAUUUCAUAUUUUUUGAUUAAAUCGUCUUCCUUCUCCCCCUUGUUAUAUUUAACUGGCUUCACAGUAUAUUCGAGGCCCAAACUUAUGUUGAUGCACUCUCGAAGAUUAUUUGUUAUUCAGGUGUUUGG